AUGCGCCUUGCCGCUUCCACCACUGCCACCCUCCUAUAUGUGGCUGCCUUGGCUGCCCCAACUCUACAAAUGCCACUCACGAACGAGGAGGCGAUCCCACCGCCGCCGGACCCUGAGCCGAUCUCUGUCAGCGAACUUCCUCUGCCACCGGUCACUCCGAGCACCGAUGAGGGCUCUUGCACACCAGACAUUAAUCCGCGAAGGACGGGGUGUAUUGCUCAAACAAACGGAUUGAUUCAGUCAGGGAGCUUUCUGCCAGAUGGUAACCAUGUGACUGCUGCCGUUACCUUCGCAGGUGCGCCCGCUGCCCCGGACUCGGCUAGCAUGUACAACGGCAGUCAGAUCGUCCUGGUCAAAACCGAUGGUAGUGCGUUUCCGAAUGGCGAUGCAUGGAAAUGCAUUACGUGCGGAGUUCCGGAGGAGAAUGCGGUCGGACGGAGCGAGACUGUGGACUACCCUCAAACCUUCAGUGAUGGCAAGAGGCUGUUGGCUGGCACAAAUAUCAUCGACUGCGGUGAUAGCUACCUCAACAGCACUGAUUGCACUCCGGAGAAGGUCCACAUCUACCCCAUUCGCUGGAAUGUCAAGUCCGAUGGCUCGGGUGCCAGUGGAACCCUUCGCGAAUUGCGCAUUCACCCUGACGAUGUGCACUUGGGUUUCAACUCAUUCGGUCAGACCGCAGGCGGCAAGCUGGACCAACAGACAUACUUCGCUCGCCUCGAAUUCAAUCCGUCACCAACGACCGGGACCCCACUCGCUCCCCGGUACGACUUGACCGACGUCAACCUGCUCUUCAACCCCAACGACACCCAACCCGUCUCGACCUCCGGCUCCAAACUCUACAUCAACCCCACCGCCCUCACCGUCGGCGAACUGCGCGGCUUCAGCGGCAGCGGCAAAGAAGUGACCUACAUCGGCUACCCGGCCGAAUCCUGCAACAUCGACGUCUUCGCCGCGGACCUCACCACCGGCGCCAUCCGCCGUCUGACCAGCCACCCGGAAUACACGGACCCGGUCGACAUCUCGCCCGACGACGCGUGGACGGUGGCCAUGGACACGCGCGGCAGCGGGCGGCAGAUGUUCAUGGCGGGCAUGCGCUUCGUGCCGCCCGUCGUCGACAUGAUCGCCACGACCGCCGCGUCGUCGACCCGCAACAACGGCGCCCGCCGCUUCUUCCAGCCCUACCUGAUCGACCGCUACGGCGACCGCGGGGACUACUUUGGCCAGCGCGUCAACGCUGCUGGGAACGGGAGCGGUGGCGCUGUGAACGAUCCGGAUUGGAAUGGCAUGGCUGAUCCCCGCUGGUCGCCGGAUGGCACGCGGAUUGCGUUUUGGCAGGCGCUCGCCGUGCCGCCGGCGUGUGGCGGGAAGAAUCCGAAUCCGUGCCACGAUUCGACGGAGCCGGGCGGCCGCACGGCGCGCUUGAUGUUGGCAAGUCUGACGAGCCGUGAGCCGAAGCCGCGGGAGAAGGUGGCGCCCGUGUCUGAUGUUGUGCCCUGGGGCACGCCGUACGUCCCGGGCGAGCAGCCUCCGUCGCGGUUUUACCCUGGAGAGGGUACGUAUACUCUGGAGGGCAAGUCUUCGGGCUCGGCGGAGGUGGUCAUCGCGGAGAAUAGUGAGGGGACUGCGAUCAGCAACAUCGUUGUGACGUACAAGGACUUCUCCGACGACGGCGCCACGUUCCUCAACGGAGCGGAGAAUGUCACUGUGCAGAACCCGUCUCCGACGCUGGAGGUGGUUGACUGGUUUUCGGACUUGGUGCAGACGGGCGCGACCAACGCCACCAAGAAGACUAGCCCGGAUGGCUUUCACUUGAGCAUUGAUGUCAUGACCAACAUUUUCAACGCCAAUGGGACUCUGACUACCACCAUCGAUGGGCAGGUGUGGAAGCAGCCUGCCAAUGAGACAUGA